GGUCCUUGGCAACGUCGAGGACGCGAAAAUAUUUGUUUUGAACAUGUGAGGCCACGCUACCGGAAUGUAGACCAGAAUAAGAUCUAGAUUUCAAUUUAGUUUGUUUUUUGUCAAUACCAUGAUGCCAGGGGACAACCAACCCCAAAGUGUAGCAAUAGCCUCGGACGCGACGACGGGAAACUGUCAAAAUUGCUCCGUGUUGCACCAGAGUUUAGCGGAAUACGUGUCAUCAUUUUUAUCACUGAAACAGAAGAUUCUGGUUACUGAUGAUACAAUUACUCUGCGACAACAGCACGAAGAGCUUCAAGGUCGAUUGGUAACGUUAGAGCAAAAGACAGAGGAUUAUGAAGCUCUGCAAGCAGAGUUGGCAGAAAAAAAGAGGAUUCUUCAGGACUAUGGUCAGAUCUCUGAAGAGGUUGACAAGUUGAAGCAAGAAAACAGGACUACAUUGGCUGAGAAUGGAAAGCUUGAAAACCAACUAAAAGCCAUCAAAGAACUCAUGGAAACUCAGUCACUUGCAAAUGCACAACUGAAGCGGGAAAAAUCCAUGUUAGAAAAUGAUUUGCUAAAUGUCCAAAUGUCUUUGAAAACGUCUAAAGAAAAUGCAGCUAAAGUUGCAAAAUUGAUAGAGGAUCAAGACAGGAUAACAAGCAUAAAAGAAAAACUUGCUAAUAGUGUUACACUGCUUGAAGAAUCGGUUUCCCAAAGGAAUCAUCAAAUAUCACUGCUGAAUAAGGAGAAGGACUUGCUGGAGAGAAGUAUUUUGAACCUCCAGGGAAAAUUGGUAAAAUUGGAGAGAGAAAGAAAUAAAGAAUAUAGGAGUAUAUCAACUCAGGCAAGAACACCUCCAGAACAUAAAGUUGACAAAGAAAAGAUUCGAUCACUUCUCGAGCACUUGUGGGCAUGUGUGGAACCGGAGCACCUGCAGCCAGCCACCUUGUUGCAUUUACAUGGGCACACCUCUCCGCAAAGCAAAGGCAUUCCUCAGAGCAAUCGAUGCCGGACUCCUUUCCACAGUAUUAGUGAUAUCCAAAGAUCCCCCAGCCAGACAAAAUCCUUUUACACACAGUUGAAAACAUCCCCUCGUGUACAAAGAAACAAGAAACAAGCAUCUCCGCCAACAAUGAGUAAAAAGCUAGCGCAAGAACCCUUUCCAACAAACGACUAUCUCCUGUCCGAACAAGUCAAACCAACUGAGACUUUUAACGCACCCAGCCUCGAUGACUUGUUGGAAUGGUUCAGGCCUCUACCUCACUGCUUGUCGCCACUAUCUGAGAGCGGAACAGAGUAUAUGGAGACAGAGGAAAAAGAAACAGAACUCGUCACACCCGAUCACUGUCUUCAUGAAAAGGAGUUUCAGUACACUACAUCAAAGUCACACCUUUCUCCAAAACCGCAUUCAACAACACCCGAAGAAAGCCCAUGUUUGUCUAAUGUCACAAAACAUGAAAUUGAAUGCACCUCCAAUGUACAUGAAUCAAGUGUCACCACAGAGCCAAAGGAUGCAAGACCCAGCUUGAAUGGUGAGGAAGUGCAGAUUGAGGGGAACACUGUGGAGCAAUUAGUAUUGUUAUCUACAUCGGAUCCAGAUGUUUCAGUCAAGGAUGCUCCAGAAAGUACUAUUAAUGAUGAGCUGUGCUGCGUGGAACCUCACUCUAGUUGUGCUGCGAGCAAGGUACAAGAAAAAGACCAUUGUAACUCUACAGAAUUACAAGAACAAGCUCAAGGAGAGCCAAUCAAAGAUGAGCUUGCUAUUACAGAGAAAGAUGCCAACAAAGUCCAUGCCGCUCCUUGUGGGGAAUCCCCUAAAGCAAACACUGUAGGCAGCGUGGAAGUAUUGGAUGUGCCGUCAAUUGCUUUCUCAGCUUGCAUCAACUCUGUACAGGAGAAAGGCGUAUCUGAAAGGAAAAACAACAUUCAAGACUCAAGUCCCUCUGUGCCGGAAUAUCAAAAUGGUGGAGAUUUAAAUCCUGAAUAUAAUGCUGAGCAUAAUAAAGAGGACUGGGAAAUGCAAAAAGAUGAACCAUCUAUAUCAAGCUGUGACAUUAAUUGUAGCAUCACAAAUACUGAAAGUGAAGACCUACAAGAAAAUGAGGGAUUAUAUGCAGACAAACAAGUGCAAGAUGCCCAGAAAACAGUAAAAGCUGAUGGACCACCUCCGUCAGACUCAAGUAGCAACAUACCAGCAGAUGAAACCAUUUCCAACCAGAUACGCUGUGUUACACUGACCAAUCUUCAGAAUGACACUUUAAGAGAAAAGUCUCCUUCAGACACAACUGUCAACAUUGAAAGUCCACAUUUGAAACAAAAUGUGCAUUUGCUGUGCCGUCAAUUGAGUCAGUCCUGUUACUCAUCCCGCCUCAAUAGAAAUGUGCCUGAAAACCAUGCGAAAACUGUGAAAGAUUAUCCCGGAGAGCCCGGCAAACCCCUUUCACCAAGCAAAAUGCCAGAACAUUCUCAGAACAAUUGUGUAUUGGAAGAGGUUGUUGUCAAAGAUUUGCCUCAAGACGCACAUUGCAAUGGACAAUCAGUCACCACUAGAGAGCGUACCUCUGUAGAUGUGAAUGGACAGAGCCAAUCAGAAACCUUUGCUGAAAUGCCUGACGCACAAAACCGCGAUAUGAUCCGAAGUAGUACGUCCACGGCUAUCAUGGUGACGAGCGCAACUACAGAACCCAUUGAACGGUUGGAGUCCUUACGUGAAGUUUGGACUGAAAUGGGUCCACCACUACCUCCUGUCCUCACUCCUCUGAAGACACCUCCAAAAAUAGGCAGAACAAUCAAUCCCAGGCAUGCCAUUGGAAAGCUUUCCUUUCCCUCCCCAAUUGAGAAUACAUUGGCCUCACCUUCCACUCAGCUCCAGACCUCGGUGACUCCCGACAGUCUGACAAUUUGUUCAUCUUCAACUCUCAGCAGUCCCCUUCCUCCAAACGGAGUCCCCUUGUCACCGCUUCAGUUUGGUUCUGCUACCCCAAAACAUGCUCUGCCCGUCCCAGGUCGCCUGCCUGCUCCGAUAAACUCUUCACCGCAGGAUAACUCAAUGAGGAUUCUCGACAGUAUGUACCCAGAAAUGUCUGCACGGGCUCGCACGUUGAGCAUUCUUCGAGGGAACCUUAGCAUUAGCUCUUCAGAAAGUUCACCGCCAUCAACUGACAGUCAGACGUCCAGUUUUACAACAGUCACUUCCACCAAGACUGAAAUGAGAGGAGAAAAACGAGCUGCCACAGAGUCCCCUCAGCUUAGAAAUAGCAAAUUCCCCAGGCUAAAUGGCAGCUCUCCAAGCGGCAGCCAAGUAGCGCCUGCCUCCUUGACAAACGGCGACUAUAAUUCAGCAUCGCUUCAAACAGCAAAGCACAAACCGCUCAAAAGUGCAGAAACGGUUCUAUCAAUGGCGUUGGAAGAACCUGCUGAGAAAAGUGUUUGUAUCCGCCUUUUGGAGCGUAUUGAACAUCAGGCAUUCGAUCUGUUGCCUGUGAUCCGAAGCCACAUAUUUGUUGGUAACCUGCCCACAAAACCUGUGCUGAGAGAUGAGGAGAAAGAAGUCAUUUCCGAGAUUUCUCAAAGCACCUUGGCAGCUGAUAUGAAGUUGGCUAUUUUGGGUAAACUCAAAACAGAAAAGGACAUGUGUGAAAAGCACGCACAGGCCCUCUGCAGAGUCUACACAGCCAUCUGUCGACAGGAGAGUGAUUUUGAAAAGGCUCAUAUCCUGGCUUACAGCUUGCUCGUUGAAGAUUUCCCCAAUGCCACCAAACUGAUUUUGUUUAUGGCAACAACAUGGCCCAGUGUUUUAUCUCACAACAGCCUCCUGUGCCAAGCUGUCCACACGGUCACUAAACUUAAAGCUCCACAAGACCUCUCAAAGUUCCUGUCAGCAUACCUCGGAUGGGAAAAGAAGCCACCCUGUGAUAUUGACCCUCUGAUUUCUAAGACACUGUCAGAGAUGAAGUCAGGUUCCAGGCUGUAUUUCUUGAAACACAGUCGUUAUGGUACCGACCUGGGAACAGAGGCUUGGGAACAGGUCUUCACUUUGCAUCUCCUUUGUGCACAAAAGUCAUGGGAAUGGGUCUAUGACAAUGUCUUGAGUAAAGAGUUGUGGCCACUUAUGAACAGCUGGAUGUCACAGCCUCGAGAUCAGCAAGUGCCAAUCUCUGAUGAGACGGUUGCGACCGUCCUCCGGCUAAUUGGGAUGCUAGGUCAGCUGGGAAUCAAGGAGAAGAACAUCUCUUCAGUGUUAACUGUGGCCAAUGUCAUCAAUACCUUUGGGAGGCACUGCCAAAGUGAAGGUAUACCGUGGGAAGUGCAGUUAGCAGCUGUGUACUGCAUGUUUGACUUGUCCCCAUGCAACCCCAAACAGGCCCUGGACGGACUUGCAGGUUGGCGAGAAGAAGCAUCACAAAAUGUUCCCUCGUUUGUCACGAGCUGCAUUUUUCAGCUUGGCUCAAUCUGCAGACAGGUCUAGAAAUGAGUGAUGUGUGUUUCACAAAGACUUGGUUAUUUACAAAACCGCUACAUAAUUUAUUUCAAAACAUAAAAGGAGUGAUAUCAUUUUGCACAUCUCCAGUGUAUGCUUUGCAAAUUUCAGUCUUUCAUGAAAGCAUAAUAUUCCCGAAGGACAUGUAAGGUAUCAACAGACUCUUCAAAGCUAUUUCUGGAGGAAUUUGAAAAGAAAGGUAACAUUGGGUAAUGUAAUGACCCAAGGCAUGCUGUGCACGUUUACUGUUAUUAGUUUUACACUCCUGUCCAGUCAUCUGCACAUCGUAUUGAUUUGAAGUUUGUUUUUUGUUAUUUUAAUGGCUAUUCAUUUUCAGACCGGACAAGCAAAAUUACAUGGAACAAACAUUGUAGUUUGUAUUAUUUCUGAAUAAGUAUUUUAACUAUUAACCUUCUGUCCAACAGACACAGGCAUUGAGUUGUGGUGAGUCAACAUUUUAGCUUGUUAAUUACGUUGAUCUAUGUACGGCAAACUGAUGUAUCAUGUAAAUACGUUUUCUAUGAAAAGUGCACCAACAGUAAAUGUACAGUUUCAGAUUAUUUAUUUUUGUUAUUAAAGGUAACGUUUUUUUGAUACAUUCUGUGUUUUUGACAUGCCAAGACUCGUGUGUAAGGAUACUGUUUAGUAUAUGUAAACAUGUACCCUAACCCUUUUACUGUAUGAUGCAGCUAUCCUGCACUGGUUACUAAAGACACAUUUAACAGUAACUUAAUACGGUCUUUCAAAGUAAAAUGUACUAUGUACAUUGUUGGAAACUCUCAUUUGAAAUAAAGCCACCAAUGAUGAAAA